UAAGACAAAAGCACUCCGGAGAAGAGGGGUCACCGGGAACGUGUAAGACCAAAUCCCAAAAUUUCACAACAAAGACUUUCCGGAAAGUCAAAGUUACCUCCGUGAUAAAGACCUGAAAGGGAUUUUCCCUCCUGUAUCAGUAGAGAUGCCACAAACAAAGGCGUGGUGCAAGACAAGGCAAGUGAUGAUUUUAAUUGCAUGGAUGCUUUCGUGGGAGGUGGGUUCAGAAUCAAUUCACUAUACCGUGCCGGAGGAGACAGAAAGUGGCACGUUUGUGGCCAAUUUGACUAAGGACUUGGGACUAAGGCUGGGAGAACUGGCUGCUAGGGGCGCCAGAGUGGUUUUCAAGGGGAACAGACAGUAUCUGAAGCUUGACCCACACAGCCAGGAUUUGGUGCUCAAUGAAAAGCUGGACCGGGAAGAGCUGUGUGGCUCCACGGAGCCUUGUAUGCUACCUUUCCAGGUGUUACUAAACAAUCCUUUGCAGUUUUAUCAGGCGGCACUGAGAGUUAUAGAUAUAAACGACCACGCCCCAGAGUUUCCUGCCAGAGAGGUGCUCCUUAAAAUAUCAGAAAUGGCUGAGCCAGGAAAGAUACUCCCUUUGAAAAUGGCACAGGACCCAGAUACCGGCAGUCACAGUAUUCAGAGCUACAUUGUCAGCGACAACCGUCACUUCCACGUACUCACUAGCAACCGCAGCGAUGGCAAGAAGUUCCCCGAGCUAGUGUUGGACAAAGCAUUGGACCGUGAGGAGCAGGCUCAGCUCAGACUAACGCUCACUGCGGUGGAUGGCGGGUCUCCCCCCAGGUCAGGGACCACAGAGAUUCAAAUACUUGUCUUAGAUAUAAAUGACAACACUCCGGAGUUUGCUCAGGAGCUCUAUGAGGUCCAGGUCCCUGAGAACAACCCCAUUGGUACACUGCUUCUUACCGUCUCAGCGAGAGAUUUAGACACAGGAUCCUUCGGAGAGGUUUCUUAUGCACUGUUUCAAGAUGACGAUGUUAACGAGCCUUUUGUAAUAAACUCAAAGACAGGAGAAAUUCGACUGAGGAGCGCCUUGGAUUUUGAAGCAUUUCAGUCCUACCAUGUGGGUGUUGAGGCCGUGGAUGGCGGUGGACUAACAGGAAAGUGCUCUUUAGUCGUGCAGGUAUUGGAUGUGAAUGACAAUGCUCCGGAAGUGAUCUUAACCUCUCUCAACAGCCCCAUCCCUGAAAAUUUGCCAGGUAUCAUAGUAGCAGUGUUCAGCAUUUCAGAUGCAGACUCGGAAAAUAACCAGGAGGUUAUGUGUUCCAUAGAUGACAAACUUCCAUUUCUUCUAAGACCAUCCAUGGAGAAUUUCUAUACUUUGGAAACAGAUAGGGCGCUAGACAGAGAGAGCAGAGCUGAGUACAACAUCACCAUCACAGUCACCGACAUGGGCACACCCAGGCUCACAACCCAGCACACCAUAACAGUGCAAGUGUCUGACGUCAACGACAACGCCCCCGCCUUCACACAAACCUCCUACACCCUGUUUGUCCAAGAGAACAACAGCCCCGCCCUGCACAUAGGCACCAUCAGCGCCACAGACUCAGACUCAGGCUCCAAUGCCCACAUCACCUACUCGCUGCUGCCCACCCACGACCCGCAGCUGGAUCUCGCCUCGCUCAUCUCCAUCAAUGCAGACAAUGGGCAGCUGUUUGCGCUCAGGUCCCUGGACUAUGAGGUCCUGCAGGCCUUCGAGUUCCACGUGGGCGCCACAGACCAAGGCUUGCCCGCGCUCAGUAGCCAGGCGCUGGUGCGCGUUCACGUGCUGGACGCCAACGACAAUGCGCCCUUCGUGCUCUACCCGCUGCAGAAUGCCUCUGCGCCUUACACAGAGCUGUUGCCCAGGGCUGCAGAGCCUGGCUAUCUGGUCACCAAGGUGGUGGCUGUGGAUCGCGACUCUGGCCAGAACGCCUGGCUGUCUUUCCAGCUGCUCAAGGCCACGGAGCCAGGGCUGUUCAGCGUGUGGGCUCACAAUGGCGAGGUGCGCACCUCCAGGCUGCUGAGUGAGCGCGAUGCGCCUAAGCACAGGUUGCUGCUGCUGGUCAAGGACAAUGGCGAUCCUCCGCGGUCUGCCAGUGUCACUCUGCCUGUGCUGCUGGUGGAUGGCUUCUCUCAGCCCUACCUGCCUCUGCCUGAGGUUGUGCAAGAACCCGCUCAGGAUGAGGACUUGCUCACGCUGUACCUGGUCAUUGCCUUGGCGUCUGUGUCUUCGCUCUUUCUCUUGUCUGUGCUGUUGUUUGUGGGGACAAGGCUGUGCAGGAGGGCCCGGGCACCUGCUCUGGGUGGCUGCUCUUUGCCUGAGGGCCACUUUCCUGGUCACCUGGUGGAUAUCAAUGGCACAGAAACCCUGUCACAGAGCUACCAGUAUGAGGUGUGCCUGGGGGGAGCCUCUGGGACUGGUGAGUUCAAAUUUCUAAAGGCAAUUAACCCCCAAUUUCCUACUUUGGAAUCUGAGAGGAAAACAGAGGAAAGUCCUACACUUCGGAAUAGCUUCCUUUUCCUCUAAAUACUGUAGUGUAGUAGUAAAUUCUGUUUAACCUUCAAAAGAGCUUUUAAGCUGAAUGUGCAUGCUACUGGUGUAUGUUUGCUGAGGUUUAUUGUAUUACAUUUUAUACUAGUUCCUGGAGCUGGAAUCCGGUGUCUCAAGCAUGUUAGGCAAAAUCAACAUAGAGCUAAAUUGUCAACCUGUUUGUUUAUUAUUUUUCUAUUUUUGAGAUGUGGUCUCACUCUGUAGACUAUGGUAGUCUGGAUCUUGCUAUGUAGAACUGUCUGGCCCGGAACACAGAGAGACCCACCUGCCUCUGUCACCUUAGUACUAUGAUUAGAGACCUCAGUCAUAAUGUCUCAUCUGGCUUGCCUGUUGCUAUUAUUCUUGAGAUUGUACCUUUUACAUUUUUAAGACAGGGUUUCUCUGUGUAGCCCUGGCUGGAACUAGCUCUGUAGACCAGGAUGUCCUUGAACCCAGAGAUGUGCCUGCCUCUGCCUGCCAAGUACUGGAAUUCAAGGAAUGCCCCACCACUGCCCAGCCAAAUUUGUAUUUUAAAUGGUCAGUUUCUGGAGAUUCCACCAGCUUCUCAAUUGUACUUCAUAGCUGUAUUUAAAUUAGUGGCACUAACCUGUAUUUGGCAAGUUAAAUAAAAAGUAUUUUUAGUAAAAUCCAAAAUCAAAUAAUCUUUUAAAUAUGUUAUCAUGUAAAGCUUUUGAGAUUACAUUUCAAACAAACGAUUAAAUUAAUUGCCCUAUUAGUGUGUAGGAAUGUUUUAAAUGUGAAUGUUUGAUAUUACUGAAUUUUGCAAAUUUAGUCUCAUUUGGUGGUAACUAGUUAUCAUGUGAACCUCUAAACAUAAAAACCUAAGUGCUAAUACACAUACCUUAAUUAGCCAUAAUUAUAUUUUAGUAUAUCUUAGUAAUUAAUGUAUUUCUUAAAUAUAAAUUUUACUAAACUAUCAGUAGUUAGUGAACCUUGUGUAAGAACAGUGUGGUCUUUUAGCAUCAAGGUAUUUACAAAUGCUAAAUAAAUAUUUGCUGAACCGUACAACAGUCCUUUUAAAAAACAUCCACGUUUUCUACAAAGUAAUUCUAACAUCCUCUCUACAACA